AAAAUUCCCUCUUCAUUCAAGUUUUGAUAGACAACUUUUCAAGCAAAAUUAUAAAAUACUCUCUUUCUAUUUUUAUUCUAUUAAAAUAUAUUAAAAAAAUCCAAUAAUUCCUGCUUCUAUUGUAACACAACAAAAUAUACAAACGUAUUAUUAGCAACUUAAGCAAUUAGGGCAUAAUGACUACGGAGGAGAGCUCACAGGCACAAGAUGAAAUCAUACGAAAGGCGAUGUUGGAUAUGGGUUGGGACCCACAGGCGGAAAUACCCAUGGCCAACAAGGAGAAUCUCUGCAUCUUGGCCGAAAUGGAGCAGAUGGUGGAGGAGAAAAUACAAAUGCUCGAAUCGAACAUCCAAACCGAGGAUCGGUUGGAGAAGCUGUUGCAGCAUUCAAAAAAUGCUGAAAUGUGUAUGAAUCAGAAUUUGAAACUACUUCAAGCGCAUCAAACGGAAGUGCACACCGAGAUUCAUCUUUACAAAGUAGCCGACCGCGUAAAUUCCAAACUGAAAGUCGACAUCAACAAAAUAGAUAAGGAAACGAAGUGCUACACCGAAUAUAUAGAUAACACAGAGAAAGAGCUAUGCCGACGUAAAAAUGCCAUCGACGAUUUGACUUCGCGCGUUAAAUGGGCGAAAACGGUGCUGCUCGAGUGGCGCGAAGCCAUGGAGGACACCAACAAAGGCUACCAGUUGAUAGAGAAGUACUUCAAGGAGGAUCAGGAAUUGGCGCGCCAAAAAGACUUGCGUCGUCAAUUGCUGCACAAUGAGCUCGAGAAACUGCGCAAAGAAUUGGUGAAGUUAUACGAUGAGCAAAAAUCGUUGGAGCAGAAUAUAGAAUGUACCGCUAUACUAUAUCGCACCGCACAUACGGAGCGUCGACAAAUGGUGGAUACAUGGAAGUUGGCGGUGCAGCAGAUGUUACAGCGCGAACGCGACAUACGACACGGUGAAAACGAGCUGUACAAUUUGCGUAGCGAGGCUGAGCGCGUCUUAAAGGAACGCAGAAACUAUGAUAAACAUUUGGAUGCCAUGAUUCAGAAUAAUCGUGAACUCGAAAAUAAUAUUGCAUUGUUGAACGAUGAAACUUCGCAGAUCAAAGAGCAAAUCCAGAAACUUAUCGACAUGGCGGUGUUGAAAGAGAAUGAGGUGGAUCUCUUGCAGAAGGAUCUGCAAAAUCUCUCAAAUAAAGUGCAACAACAACGCGUGGAGAACCGUAAAAUGGCUAAGGAAAAAGAUAAACGCAAUCAAGCGUUGGAAGAUUUCAAAUCAACACUACGGAAGCUGGAGACACGGCUAAUCGAAAUGGAGAAUAAGCAUUUAAGCGCUGAGCAGCGAUUACAAAUGCUGGAAGAGAUGAACGAUACUGAAGAAAAGGCACAAAAGGAGAUAAACAAAGAUAAGUUUCGGUUAAAUGGUUUGAUAUAUCGCAGUCAAGAGUAUUUGCAGGAUUUAAAGAACGAAUGCCGUAGAUUAGAGGUUUCCAAUAACGGCUUGUCAGCGAGCAUUACCAAUGUCAUUCGGAACACGAAAAAAAUGGAAAAAGAACUCAAACGCCUGACGGAAGUGCACUAUGAGGCGUCUUUCAAAUGUCUGCAAAUUGAACGUAAAAUAAUAGUGCUGCAAGGUGGAGACUUCGAUCCCAUGCAAGAGGCCGAAGGCCAAAAAUAUUUAUCCAAGUUGGAGGCACAAAAUUCGAUUCUGCAAAGGCGUCUGCAAACCACCGAGGCACAAAACAAAAAGUUGGACUAUAAUAUGCGAAAUCUAACCGACGUCUACAAUGCCGAUCAUAAGAGAUUGGAGGCGAUGCUUUUCAAUAUCAAGGAAGCGCAAAUGUACUGUGAGGGUGGCAUUAAACGUUUGAGUGUGGAAAAAAACAAGAACCAACAGAAGAUUGUCGAGUUAAGUCUUCUGAAGAUGCGCAGCAAGGAGUUUGAGAUUGAAAUAAUCGCUUGUGAAAACAAUACCUAUCACUUGGGCAAGCAUCGUUUGCAACUUAAUCGAACUAUGAAGGAUCGUUUGGUGGAGAUAAAGAGUCAAAUGGAUUUGCUAAAUUUGAAGCGUAAACAUUUGAAUGAAGAAAGAAGCACAUUGCUGGCGGAUAUCGGAGAACGCUCGAAACAUAUUGAUGUAGUGCGUGCACGGCUCGAAUUGACCUCCAAGUUAAUGGGCAUGAACGAAGAUGGCACUUUAGUAACGGCAACACAGUUGAAAGUGGUUGCUGCACAAGAGAAGCAAAUGCUACUGGACGAGGGUAACGAGUUGAACGAUAAAGUGAUUAAGGCAGAAGAGGAGAUUAAGGCGAUGGAAAAUACACUAAUGCUGCUGAACCAUUCUAACGACUCAUAUCGCAAGAAUCUGAAUAAGAAAGUGGAUGAAGAUCAAGUCUUGGAAGAAAUAAAGGAAUUACAAUCGAAUUAUUGUCUUGCCCUGGCGCAACUCAAGUCACUACGCAACAAACAUCGUCAAAUAGAGAAAGAAAAUGACAAAAAUCUUCGUGUAUACGAGAACCUGGAACGACAAUUGGAAAUCUCAGCUGGCAAAAACAUGGAAAACAGCGAAAUAUUGGAAAAACUGCAAAAGGAACUAGAUGAUCAGAAAAUUAAACUGCAACGCGCCGAACGCGAAGUUAAGAUUUCUUUGAAGGCGGUGAAGGAGCGUAAUUUAGGCAAAGAGUUCAUCGAGGCCUAUGAACGUGAAUUGGAUUUGCGUGAGUUCGAAUAUCGUAACUCGAGCGCACUUAACCAACUUGCUGACAUGGCGGAGAAUGAUGACGAAAUCGGCCCCAAAAUGAUACGAAUAAUGUUGGAGAAAGGUCUUAAGAUGCCACAUAUGUUGCAGAAGACACGCAGCUUUGCUUCAUGGCGUAGUGACAUAUCGGAGACAUCCUCCUCACGAGAUAUGCCUAUGUCUACUCCACAUUCUUCGGUUUCGGAAACUACAAGCGUUGUUAUGCAACCAUCGGUCGUUUCCAUAGAUUUUUCACCAUCUUAAUACUUCAUCAACUCAAAUCUGCAUUGGCGCCAUUAUAUUUGUAAAACAUUCUCUAUUAAUUACAGCUUUUUAUUUUCAAAUACUA